CCACUAUAUAUCAGACAGCAUCAUUAGCAACGCGCCAGAAGUUUUUUUCCUCCUUAGUGACUUCAUAUCUAAAAGGAAAUUUUCAACUCUAUAUUCCUUCACAAUGCGUGAAUGUAUCUCCAUCCAUCUUGGCCAAGCCGGGGUCCAGAUUGGCAAUGCCUGUUGGGAGCUGUACUGUCUUGAGCACGGGAUCCAGCCCGACGGUCAGAUGCCAAGUGACAAGACUAUAGGAGGUGGAGAUGAUUCUUUCAACACUUUCUUUAGUGAAACUGGAGCCGGAAAACAUGUUCCCAGAGCUGUGUUUGUGGACUUGGAACCAACAGUUGUCGACGAGGUUCGUACCGGCACCUACCGUCAGCUGUUCCAUCCCGAGCAGCUCAUCACCGGCAAGGAGGACGCCGCCAACAACUACGCCCGUGGUCACUACACCAUUGGUAAAGAGAUCAUCGACUUGGUUCUGGAUAGAAUCCGUAAACUUGCUGAUCAAUGCACUGGUCUUCAAGGCUUUUUGAUCUUCCACUCUUUCGGUGGCGGAACUGGUUCUGGAUUUGCUUCACUUCUCAUGGAACGUCUCUCCGUCGACUACGGAAAGAAAUCCAAGUUGGAGUUUGCAGUUUACCCUGCUCCACAAGUAUCUACAGCUGUCGUCGAACCGUACAAUUCUAUUCUUACCACCCAUACAACCCUAGAGCACUCUGAUUGCGCCUUCAUGGUUGAUAACGAGGCUAUCUAUGAUAUUUGUCGCCGUAAUCUGGACAUCGAUAGACCAACUUACACAAACUUAAAUAGACUGAUUGGCCAGAUUGUCUCCUCAAUCACCGCCUCUCUGAGAUUUGAUGGCGCACUCAACGUCGACUUGACUGAGUUCCAGACCAACUUGGUACCAUACCCACGUAUCCACUUCCCUCUCGCCACAUACGCCCCCGUGAUCUCCGCUGAGAAGGCCUAUCAUGAGCAACUGACCGUGUCUGAAAUCACGAACGCAUGUUUCGAACCAGCCAACCAGAUGGUAAAGUGUGAUCCUCGUCAUGGCAAGUACAUGGCCUGUUGCAUGCUUUACAGAGGUGAUGUUGUCCCCAAGGACGUCAAUGCCGCCAUUGCUACCAUUAAAACAAAGAGAACCAUUCAGUUUGUUGACUGGUGUCCAACUGGAUUCAAGGUCGGCAUAAACUACCAGCCACCAACUGUCGUACCGGGAGGUGAUCUUGCCAAGGUCCAGCGUGCUGUAUGCAUGUUGAGCAACACAACAGCUAUUGCGGAGGCCUGGGCUCGUCUUGACCACAAGUUCGACUUGAUGUAUGCUAAGAGAGCGUUUGUUCACUGGUACGUUGGUGAGGGUAUGGAGGAAGGAGAGUUCUCCGAGGCCCGUGAAGAUUUGGCUGCCCUCGAGAAGGACUACGAAGAGGUCGGGAUUGAUUCUGUGGAAGAGGAAGGCGAGGAAGAAGGAGAAGAAUAUUAAAUUCAAUGCUACUUAGCGCGACAAAAUUGCUGUUUUUAAUUAUCUAUUCGAUCUAUCUUGACCUUGCAGCAGUUAAAAAUAUCUCUACAAAAUUUCUGUUCUCUUUCUAAUUUAACAAUGGUAUUGUCAUGAAAUAAAAUUUGUUCGACCCGCUAAAAAUUAAAAUUGACUUCGAGUACAAUAAUUAAGAACCUUUGACAUAAAUUAUCCUUUUUAGAUGUACGGAUAUAAUUUUAUUUGUUUUAGAAUCCCAUCAGAUAUACUCUCUCUAUUAUUUCUUCUUUAGAACUGGACAAAUAAUUUUGGGACACCGUAACAUUUGCAUUUAAAUGAACCUUAUAGAAUUAAGGUCAUGCUUUGCUUUGAUUUUCUGUAGCCGAGAUAUCGUUAUAAUGGUUAUGACAAUUGUUCCAUGCCGGAUGUUAUUACUUUACUAUAUACAUAUAUAUGCGUGUUGUGGUUCGGAAGCAGGUGCGAGCAGAAUUCAAUUUACCUCGUUCUGCUUGUACACAAAUCUUGGAACAAACGGUCAUCUGUUGCGAGGACCUUCCCUUAAACGCGUAUGGUUUUUAGACGAGAACUAAUUGUGUGUCCUUCGCGUAGUGUAUACACUUUAAAGGCUCACAGUGUGACUGUGACAUUUUCCAUUAUGAACAUAAAAUACAGUAGUCUCUUGUUAAAUCCUAUUUCUGAUCAUUACAUUAACAUUUGUUAAAGGUUUUAAUAUUGCUGAAUAUACUAGAAUAUUUUUACUGAA